AAUCGAACGAGUGCACUGUUUGAUUUAAGAUGCCUCUGCCUUCAUUCUUCUCAAAGGAACCGGAGGAGACGAAAGAGGAUGAUGCACAGGGUGAGUCAGCGGUGGAUGGGAUUCCCCCUGACUCCCUCACGCUUGCUCAGCUGAAGGCGUUGGUGAGCCAUAUGCCAAAGGCGAAGGUGCCGGAGUAUGCGUUUGAGUAUGCCGAUACGGACAAUAUCAAAGCUGAGCUCGAGGAGUGGUUCGUGUAUGCGGAGAACCAGUACCUGUUAAAUGGAGCUCAGGUGUUUGAGAAGACAUUUACUGGCUCCUGGCUCAAAGCCUCUUCUGACGCCCGCAAAUCAUUCGUCGAAACGCAGUUAGGGAAGUUCGACACGGACAAUGCGACAGAACGCCUGAGGGCAGGUACCUGCCUGGUCUACAUUUGCCAGGGUAUCUUCAAAGAAACAGUUUCCACCGAGCACCAACUGCAUUGGAUUUUCGAGAAUGCGAAAUUGGUACGAUCAUGUGGAGCACUGGAUACCAUGUGGGGUUCGCUAUUGCAUUCAUGCAAGGUGUAUGACGAAAGAGAAGAAGGAACUACUGCUGUGGAUAUCGAAGUUACACGGGCGGAACUCACCAACGCGCUCACAGUCCUCUACUUCCUCACCGAGAUCUUCCGCACGGACAACGGGUUCCGAUCUCAAAUGUCUUCACUAUCACCAAACCCAGUAUCCUUCCUCAUCACCGAACUCGGCAAAUUCCGAUAUCGCAACCCUGAAAACUGCCCAAUCCGACAACUGCUGUCCUUCUUCUGGAAAGUCAUCCUCACGGUCUUCGGCGGACGGAAAGACCUCGCGAAAACAAAAAUAUGGGCACGGAAGCGCAUGGGGUUGCCUGAGGAAAUGGACCACUCGACAAUCGUGGCAAGUCCAUUGGACUACAACGCAUUUCGACAAGAAAUCAUCGCCAAAUUCCCCGCGUACGAGCCACCUGAACCACUCCUACGCCUCGACCCAGACGCAACCUCACUCUUCCCCGCCUCCCUCGCCAUCCACGCCGAACCCGAAGAAGUGUCCCCCAUCACCGCCGCCGUCAACGCCGCCACAAACCCCCACCCCAACGCCCAAAACCCCCUCCUCGCAACCCCCGCCCCCUCACCCCCACCCUCACCCAGACCCUCUCCCAAACUUCCCCGCUCAAUCUUCCAGACUCCGGCGAAUAUGCCGUUCCAGUAUCCCGCGGGCUUGGGGUUGGAGGAGUCGGUCCCGGAGAGUGUGAGGGAGGCAAGUGAGAUUUACGCUAGUAGGACGCGGACGGCGUUAGGUGUUUGGCAGAUGUGGAGGGAGAAAGAGGAGUUUGAGAGGAGGGAGAGGGGGUGGGUUUACGAUGAUGAUGAUACGGAUGAGGUUGAAUCUGAUAAUGAGGAGGAACGGAGGUUGAGGAGGAUUGAGGAGGUUUAUAAUAGUACGUUGCCGGAGCUGCAGUCAUUUGUCGUCGUUUUGCUGAAGGUGCUUCUGGCUACGACGAACAUUGACAGCAGCGAUGAUGACACAAAGUCGUCGCCCAUUUUGAUAUCAUUGAGCUCGGAUUCGAAACACCUAUCGGAAACUGACAUUGACGAACGAAGAACGAGGGAGAUCAUGGCGAAAACGAUCUCGGCGACAUUACUGCUACUGCUGAAAUGGUUCCGGGUAUCGCAUGUGUUCAAGUUCGAAUAUUUGGCACAGUUGUUGGUGGAUUCGAAUUCCCUGCUGCUCCUGGUCAAGAUAUUCGCGAAUGACCUCAGUACGGCUGUAGCCGAGAAGACUGAGAUCAAAGAACAAAACUUCUUCCGUUUCUGUAACCUCCAUUCCGCACAACCUCAGCCGCCCGAGCGAACACAAGGAACGACAGCAGGUGCAGCCCUCAAGAAAGCCGCUGGCGCCGUCGGUGCGACGAGUAAUUGGGAGAUGCCCGAUGACGGUAGGCAAGACCAUGACACACAACCACCUGUUCAGAUUGGGGAGUAUUCGUGGAGAGUGUUUCUCGCUACGAUCAAUUAUUUGAAGAUAAUGUCGAAGAUGGUGAAGAGGAAAGCGGCGAGGAAUCUGUUGAUGGUGCAGUAUAAAGCAUCGGCGAAUCUUCGGAAAUUGUUGAAGAUCCCGCAUGAGGAGUUGAGAGUGUGUACCCUCAAAGUCAUGAAAUGCCAAGUCCCAUUCUACGGCCGUAAAUGGCGACAAUCAAAUAUGCGAAUCAUCACCUCGAUCUACCUCCACUGUCGUCCCGAACUUCGAGACGAUUGGGUUGCGGCGCUCGAUGUGGAUGAACAAGUCGAGACUGCACAACCGCAGGAGCAGGCUCUCCGCGCUCUGGUGCAGUUUCAUCAUUUGAGGAGGUAUCCGGUACAGAUGGAGAAUAUGGGGUUUGAGGGGUUGAGGGUUGAGGGGGAGAGAGAUUUCUUUGGGGAGGAGUUGGUGAGGAUGGGGAUUGACUUGGAGAUGGAGAAGAUGAGGUUGAGGGGGGAGAUGAUUGAGGUGGAGGGGAGGGAGCCCAAUGCUGAGUAA